AUGGUGACAAUGGAAGAGAGUCCACGCAGUCCAGAGGCGAAGGUGGGGUUGCGAGUGGAGGAUCUAUGGGACGUUCAGGAGCCACAGCUGAGUCCUGAUGAGAAGCUCAAUGCUUGCUUUGAAAGCAUCCCUGUCUCUGCCUUUCCUCUACCUCCUUCAAAUCAAGAUAUUGAGAUAAAAUCCGAUACCACCCUAGCAGAAGCAGUGAAAAUGCUUGCACAGCAGAACAUUCUCAGUGCACCUGUGGUGGAUGUAGAUGCACCUGAAGAUGCUAGUUGGAUUGACAGAUAUAUAGGAAUAGUUGAGUUUGCAGGAAUUGUUGUAUGGAUUCUGCAUCAGUCUGAACCCACAUCUCCUAGGAGUCCAUCCAGUGGAACCACUAUCGUGGCUGCAGUUAAUGGAACUUCUGCUUUCGAACAUGAAGCCUCAGGCCUUGAAUCUGCCAUGACGACUUCAGGCAAUUUUUUUGAGGAUCUGACUUCAUCUCAACUUUAUAAGAAUACCAAGGUUCGUGACAUUUCAGGGUCAUUCCGCUGGGCCCCCUUUCUCGCUUUGGAGAGAUCAAACUCAUUUUUGACCAUGCUUUUGCUUCUUUCCAAGUACAAGAUGAAGAGUGUUCCUGUGGUGGACUUAGGUGCAGGUCGAAUUCACAACAUUAUUACACAGUCUUCUGUAAUUCACAUGUUGGCAGAAUGCGCUGGUCUUCAGUGGUUUGAGAAUUGGGGAACCAAGAAACUGUCUCAAGUUGGACUUCCCAUGGUGACACCAAAUCAUAUUAUCAAGGUUUAUGAAGAUGAACCAGUGCUUCAAGCAUUUAAACUGAUGAGGAAAAAAAGAAUUGGGGGGUUGCCAGUGAUGGAAAGGGGUGGCAGCAGGGCAAUUGGUAACAUAAGCCUGCAAGAUGUUCAAUUUCUCCUAACUGCUCCUGAAAUCUACCAUGAUUAUAGAUCUAUUACAGCAAAAGACUUCCUGACAGCCGUUAAAUGCUUCUUAGAGAAGCGUGAAGGGACCUUUCAAGUGUCAGGUGAACUGAUUACAUGCAGUAAAGAUUUCACAAUCAAAGAACUGAUUCAACUGCUUGACCAUGAGAAGAUUCAUAGGGUCUACGUUGCUGACAAUGAUGGGAAUCUUGAAGGACUGAUCACUCUGAGAGAUAUCAUCUCAAGGUUAGUACAUGAGCCCCGUGGCUAUUUUGGUGAUUUCUUUGAUGGGGUUCUUCCGAUGCCUCCAAACAGCCGGGUUUGA